AUGAACGGCAUGGAGUCUCCAAAGAAGCCGAUUGUGAAAAUGUGCGGAAAGUGUCGUCAGCACGGAGUGGAAGCGCAAUAUAAAAACCAUCAGAAUCACUGCCCAUUUAUGGAGUGUCCUUGCAAAAAGGUGGGAUAAAUUUUCAAUUCUUACUAUCAGUCUGUCGGGAAAAUAAUGAGCCCAAUGUCGCUGUGAGAUAAUAUAGUAACUAGUGGCAAUUAAACGACAUAAUAGAGCCUCUACGACGCCUGUAAAGGUAUUAUCUUAAGGCGCUGAACAUCUUGACUCUGUUUAUCAUUCUGUCGGGAAAAUGAUGAGCACAAUGCCGCUACGCCAACCGCGUUUUUGAAUUAAAAAGCAAUUUGAUUUUGCCGCGACACAAUUCAUUUUCUCCACGACUUUCAAUGCCAUAGAGUGCUCAUUAUUUUCCCAACAGACUGAUAUUUUACGGUUACUCUCUUUUUCCAUGUAGAUUCUUCUAAUCAAACUUCUUUUCAGUGCCUUUUUGUCGACCGCUACCGUAAGCGCAUCCGCGAGACCAUUCGUCGUCUGAAAUUGAAGCGACUUCAAAAAGAGCGACAAGAAGCCGAGUCUUCACUUCAGUAUGCCCCAAAUUCCAGCACCGCCUCAACGACGUCGCUAUUUUGCGACGCGAAGUUCCCAAUCUUUUUGCCCACUUCAACGACUAACCUGGAAUGUUUCUCUCAAGACUCUUGCUCUCACAACCCUUUCGCGGAUCUCAUGAGUAAUGCCAGCAAUUCAACGGAGUCUCAGCCACUCCUUGAAUUUGUUAACUUUCAAAACUUUCAAAAUACUCAGCCCCGAACCAGUAACUUGCAAUUAGUUCCCACAAAUGCCAAUGUUGCGUGUGUUUCCUCGGGCAAACUCAAGAUGGUCCCGGUGUUUUAUUGCGAUCUAAGCCAAAUUUGUUCUCCUUAUAUUCGUCUGGACAGUGAUUUGAGCGCAGCGCCGACGUUAAGUCAGCUGAGGCCCAACGAGCAGCCAAUGUUUGUGUAA